GUCAUCUAUCAGCAUUGCCAAUGGCGUCACUGAGGAAACGAGGGUACUCAUUUGCAUUCAUGCUGAAUCAACAAAAAGAACCCAAGACACUUAUGAUUUAAGUUAGUAGUUUUCUGUUGAUAGACAUUGAAAUCAACAUGGCUGGACUUCAGAUUAAUAAUGUGGUCAGCCUAAACGAGGGAACAAACCCUGACCAGAUGACCAUCAAACCUGAACCAGUUGAUGAGGGGUAUGAUGCAGCUUUUGCAGGCACAACAGACGAAUCGGCAUCAGACACAGCAGCCGCAGUAACAUACAAUGGCAGCAAGAAUGCCACUGACAUCACCUUUCCCAGCGGAGAGUCGAGUAACAGGUUACGAGGAAUACUGAGCAACAUGCUGAGUGACACGAGCAAGGAACUGUCAGUCAAAACUGUAAUCGAGGACCUGCUACAGAAAAAUGAAUAUCUUCUUGCACAGAACAAUGCUGGAUUGUACAAACCCCAAGCAAGGAACAUGUCCUGCAAAAAGGACACGUAUUGUGAUAGUCCCAGGAGUGAGUCACAGACUUCUUCAGCCUCUGUUUAUAACAUAAACAAUGCUUCACCUGCUCCAAAACCUGCCCAAGGAGCAAUCCUACGUCCUGGUAGUCCCACGCUUACUUGUCCCCAGCCAAAGAAAGACAAUACACUGUUGUCUUUGUUGGAGCUGGGAGUACUGGACACCCAGACGGAGCAAACCUUAAGUAAUACCACACAGGAGGUUGUCUGCGGUGUUGCCUCCAAGGCCUUCAUCAUGACACAGGAAGGAGUAAACAUCCAGACAGAUCUACAAUUUUACUGGUGCAAUUUCUGUCCAUUUAAAACCGACUCUAAACAGAACCUGCUGGGUCAUGUAAUGGAACACAGAUUUCAUUGCAAGACAUGUGAUUACCAAUCAUUUUCACGAGCUGACGUUAUCAGGCAUGCCGUCCAAGAACAUUCAGAUUUUUAUGAAACUGCAAAAACCUUGAAAUUUUGCUCCUUCUUACUAGAUUUCGAAGAGAAGACUGACCAUUCUACUAAAAAAUCCUCUAAACGGAAAGUGGAUGAAGGAAACAAGGCUGCUGUAAAGAAAGCUAAAGUGGAUAGUGACAGAGAAUCAACAGGCAUUACAAAAAAGACGUCAGAAGUUAAGGAGAAAACAUCAGAAGUUAAGGAAAAAACGAAAAAAUCACAAAAGAAAGAUGAUGAAUAUGAGUGCUUUGAAAUGGAGGUAGAUGAAGUUGAUGAUGACAAUGAUAAUUAUGAAAGUGAAGAUGAGGAAGAAGAGGAAGAAAAUGAGGAGAGAUCAACAGAAACCAUCAUAACUCCGAGCUCUAAGAAAGAAAUUUCCAAAGCAUUGCCCAUUUCUGUUCCAACCUUGUUGAAGCAACCACAGCUGACAUCUGUCAAGAUACCAACACCACCAUCUUCCAAUUCUAAUAUUUCAGCAACAUUAUCAACCAAAGCUUCCUCGCCUCUGUCUUCAAAGGCAGGUAACACUGUAACCGUAUCCUCUGGCCUGUGCUGGAACUGUGGCUACUGUGAGUUUGUCACUUUGAGUCAAACCUUUCUCAAAACCCAUCUUAACAGUCAACACACUGGCAAGGCACAUAAGUAUGUUGCCAUGCUUGUGUCGUCGCAGGAGGAAAUGAACCGCAUUAAGGAAAAGGAUUCGACAAUGUAUCAAAGUCCAAAUACAGCAGUGUAUGGUAACCUUGGCAAUCAAUCAUCAUCCUCAUCAUUUACACCUUCCACCCCCACUUCUAUCCCACCAGCAUCCAUGGCUACUCCUGGAACAGAUAGUGCCGGCAUUCCAGAACGCGAGAAUGCAGAGUAUGAGGACAGUGAAAGUGAUGAGGAUUUCAUUCCAGCAGAGCAGAAGAAGAAAUAUCCACUUACCUACAAAUGUGCACACUGCAAUUUCAAUGCUCCUGUCUGUUUCAAGAUCAAAGAGCAUCUACAAAUCAAACAUGUAGGUUGCGUGUUGUAUAGUUUGGACAUGCGUGCUGUGAAGCUGAAGCAGCGUCGUUAUGUGUUCUUUUGUCAUCGCAAAAACUGUUCCUUCACCACCAAGAAAACUGAAGAAUACCUGAACCACUCUGAGAGCUGCACUCCUUGGCUGGAAAAUGGAUGCCCAGAGAAAGUCGAUGCCCCUGCCAAAAAAUGUUUGGAACUCACAAGAUCUUUUUCGUCAAAGAUUUCUCAAAAAGCUUUCCAAAUGGCUAAGAACUUUAAGUCAUCCAAGAGUGCUGAAUAUGCUUGUGUUCACUGUUCCUAUACCUCCAACAACAAUACCCGUGUGAAAAAACAUGUUUUGUCUAACCACAAAGACAGUGACACUUUAAUGAAGGAUCUGCAGGCACACCGCAUGAAGAAAAAAAUGUACGUGUACUUCUGUAAGUACUGUCUAUGGGAGACCAGGAAUGACGGGGAGCUUACUGACCACUUAAAAGACAAGCACAAUGAUUCCAGUGUUGUUAAUCCUGCUCCAUAUGCAUCUGAGGACGAACCUCCUAUGAUGAUGGAGAUGCCGGCCACCUCCUCACUUGUUGUAAACUCACCGACUGUAAGCAUUGAAAUGGAUGAGUCACCUCCUACAACAACACCAGAAGAAUCCGCUAACAAUUCUGAUGCCGGUGAAUAUGAUGAUAACUUUGAUGACCUUGAAGUGCCACAGGAUGUGAUUCAGUCUUUAAUGGAUGAGUACGUUACUCACGAGGCUUCUCAUGGAAUGUCACCAGGUAGACCGACGCGUAAUGCAGCAGCUAAGGCACAAGUUCGAUGUCGUGCUCAAGGUCAGUCUCCUCAGCUGUUCCGUUGUAUACACUGCCCGCACAUGUGCUUUGGAGUGAAUCUAGUGAAGAAACAUAUGAAGGCAAGACACAGUAGUGAACCAUUGCGUUCGAUGGAUCUUAAAAAGAAGAUAGCACGAUCGUAUGCUUAUUACUGUUUCUGCCCUAAAGAAGGAUGCACAUUCUCACAUACCUCUGAAGAGUCUGUUAUUAAACAUGCGUGUAAUGACCAUGGAUUUUCUCCAGAGAAUGAGGAACUACAACAACUUAACCAGCCCACGAUCAGAGGAGGAGGAAGUGGUGGUGGUCCGGUACGUCACGAUGUUCAGUAUGAAUGUCUGUAUUGUAAUACUAACGGAACUAGUGCUAUCAAGACAAGUAUGGAGAAGAUGAGGAGGCACAUCCUGGAGGACCAUGGUGGAGAGGAGGUCAUUUUCCGAGACUGUGUUGCAAGGAAGUUACGCAAGACUUCGCGUAUCUUUAUGUGUGCCCACCUAACAUGUGGCUACAACACCACUGACCAGAAAGAGUACACCUUGCACCGCCUGGCACAUGAGAAGUCCCAUAUUUAUGAAUGUGCUAAGUGCCAGUGGUUCACAGCCAACCCAGACACUGUGGCUUCACACAUGUCAGCCAUGCACACUGGGUCCCAGGUCACGACCAUGGAGAUCUUUCUUGAUUUGGAUGAGAAAGGAAAUGUCGUCAAAAAAGUUGGUGGUACGGUCAUAAAACAAGAACCAGAGUGAAGAGAGAUAGAACUGUAUUUGCAAUACUAAACAAAAUGUGUAAUCUUUUGAAACAAUAUGGGACGAAACUGCAGACAUGUCCAUUUAAUGCCAAUUUCAUUAUAUUAAGACGUGAAAUGAGUGCGUCUUUUAUUAAUUGUUAUGAAAUAAUUAUUUAGUUCUCAAAAUAAUAUUAUAACUUGAAUUUGUGUAGUAGGGUAUACGUAGUAUAUAAUUGAUUGUACCUAUAUAUAAUGUACUGGUGUUUAGCCAUAUACAUACAUACCUAGGUAGAUGUUGAUACAUAUAUAUAUAUAUACUGUAAAUGAUUUGUAUUUCGCAGAAUGAAUUUGGAGACCUUACUUCAGUGUUUGAUCUUUAAAGUAGACCCUUAGACAAUCACCACAAUAAAAUUUAAGGUCUAUGGAAAUCAUUAAAUACAUAGACCAAGUUGUCAAUUAAGUUAUUUCUUAUGAUGUGUGCGAUUCAAUAUGUACAGUAGCUAGAGAGAAAGAAGGUGUUAUGUAAACUUACUUUACCUUCCUCUAAUACAAAUUUUUGGAUUUUAAAUUCAUGUUAUCGAGCACUAACCAUAUCUAUAUUUUCCUGAUCCAGGUCUGGAAUAUGAAAUUUUUAGUUUGAUAAGGAAUCAGUCUAAAGUACACCUAUUCUUCUAUAGUGUGUAAAUUCUUAAUUCCACGUCUCUUUUAUAUUUAAUAAUUACCUUAUCGUAAACAUUUGUAAUGAUUUUCACAGUUAGCUUGAUGUUUUUGUCCAAAUCACAAUGUUAUUGCCAACAUUAUGAAUGAAUUAUUGGCUCCUUCUAUUUAAUUGACCUAUAUAAAUUAGGUGAAUUCCGUCUUUUCGUAUUGCAGAGUUAUCUGCUCUUGUGAGCAGGUAUGGAUUGUUACGUCAUUGGU